GGUGCGUGCACUGUGCUGACGAGCCGUUGCUUGUGGAAACAGCUGGUGGUUUCUGUCAGCGAACACUUCGGAUUGGAAGCAGCAUUAGCAGGAAUAAAAGUUCAAAUUAGACUCGAAACUGACUGAAUGCGCCUUGACUCGAGUCUCUGCUACAGUUCCGCCAGACGCCGGGACAUGUCAUCCCGUGAACGCCACUUUAUCAGGCAGUUGUUCAUUAACGACCUAGCUUGUUAGCGGCAGACCACUGACUCUCGACGCAGCCGGCUGCUAACGCCAGCUAGCUAACUUUGAACUCCCAUAGCAACUACCACGAUACAGUUUUUUUGUCAACGCAGGAAAAAAACUGUCAAUUGUCGGUGUCCUGACAGUUUAAAAAGGAGGGUUUUUGAUCAAGUUUCAGCAUGACUCAUGUUCAUUAUAAAUUCUCCUCUAAACUCAGCUACGACACGGUGGUUUUUGACGGCCCGCACAUCACGCUCAGGGAUCUGAAGAGGCAGAUCAUGGGCAGGGAGAAGCUGCGAGCCGGGGACUGCGACCUGCUGAUCACUAACGCACAGACCAAACAAGAGUACACAGACGAUGAAGGUCUAAUCCCCAAAGGAUCCUCUGUCAUCGUCCGGAGAAUCCCCAUCAGUGGAGUCAAGUCUGGCUCGAGCAGCAAGACACACAACACUGAGCGUUCGGAUGCCCAGCUUUACCACGCCUUUGGAGCCAUCAAAGCAAUGGAUGACCAGACUUCUUCAAGUGUCUUGCCCUUUUUCUCCAAGAUGGCUAACCUGGCUGACGCGGAUGUGUCAGAGGAGGAUAAGAUCAAAGUUAUGCUAAAUCAGUCCACCUACGAUUCCAUGAAUUACAACAAGAAGUUUGGUACCGUUCUUCCUACAAACUACACUUGUUAUCGUUGUGGAAAUACUGGACACCACAUCAGGAACUGUCCCACCAGCGGGGAUAAAAAUUUUGAGGCCCCGCUGAGAAUUAAGAAGAGCACUGGCAUCCCUCGCUCCUUCAUGGUUGAGGUGGAUGAUCCCAACAUGAAAGGAGCUAUGCUGACCAACUGUGGACGUUACGCCAUUCCUGCCAUAGACGCAGAGGCCUAUGCCAUUGGGAAAAAGGAGAAGCCUCCAUUUGUUCCACAGGAACAACCGAAGUCAGAAGCCGAGGAGGAUCCUGUACCUGAUGAACUCCUCUGUCUGAUCUGUCAUGACCUGAUGAGUGAUGCUGUGGUCAUACCCUGCUGUGGAAACAGCUACUGCGAUGACUGUAUUCGCACCACCUUGCUGGAUUCAGAGGAACACGACUGCCCCACUUGUAGCCAAUCAAAUGUCUCCCCUGACUCCCUAAUAGCCAAUAAAUUUCUCCGACAGGCUGUGAACAAUUUCAAGAAAGAGCGAGGCUACACUAAAAGUCUGACAGGAAGGUGUGGUACCUCCCAAUCCGGAAAUCCAACCCCGACACCAAGCCCUGCCCCCACCCCGCCUCCUCCUGCCGUGCAGAGUCAGCAUCAGAAGCCUCAGCAGUCAACUUACAUCCAGCAGGACUCUCUCCUGCACCGCCCCCAGGCUGCAGACACACCGGCACUGCCUGAAAAUCCUGCUGUGGUAACAGGUUCAGCCUCUGCCUGCAGCACACCUAGCACAUCUCCCCAGACAGAGCAAGGCUGUCUAGAGAUACCUGAUAAGGAGGCUGAAGGAGAGACACAUGAUGACUCGGCUGCUGCUGCUGCUGCUGCUGCCCCUUCUGUACUGGUUUCAAACAAAGAGCCCACUGCUGCCCCAUCACAGCUGAUACCACUGGUUAACCAUGUAACAGUGGUAGAACAGCCCCAGACAGUCAGUUUGAAUCAACAGCAGUCCUUGUUAGGUCCAGCACCAAGACAUUCAGGGCCAUCAACCUGCUGGGGCAGCUCUUCUUCCUCUUCAGGUUGUCCCACUGGAGGCUGGACUGAAACCCAGCAGCCUACUUCCUCUUCCUCCUCCUCUUCUUCAUAUUCAGCCACUACUCCACCUCUCUUUCCCUCUCCCCUUUUUCACACAUACCUCUCAGCUCACCAGUCUCACACUAGUUACCCUCCUGGAUACCCACCACCUACCACGCCCAUCUGGACGCUCCCAGGCCCCCAGGGUGCCCCCAUCCCUUCCCUGUGCUCCUCUACCUCCAUCUCCUCCAUCCCUGCCCUCAUCCCUAAGGAGUGGUACAGGCAUCAGAUUAAGAAGAAGGAAAGGUCACCUCACAGAGGAUCUAGCUACAAACGCUCCUCCUCUCGCUCUAAUUCAAAGUCUUCAAAGUCCAAGUCCUCUCGCUCCUACUCUCGCUCUUCAAGCAGGUCCAGAUCACGUUCACGAUCCAGAUCCCAAGGCAGGACAAGGCCCCGCUCGCCUUACUCCCGUCACAGAGAUCUCCGCACCCGCUCUCAUUCCUCCCAAUCCUAUAGCUAUGGCUACAAACGCUCACACUCCCCUACACCGUCCUCAUCAUCUUCACCUCAAGUUAGUUACCAUUCCAGGUCCAAGUCACCAUCAGAUCACCGGAAAAAUCGCCACCACAGCCACCAUCACACCAAGAAGUCUGCUUCAAGCAGCUACAGCUCCAAGAGGCGAGGAGAAUGCUCAGGGAGGGGAGUGGGAGGCUCUGGGGCAAGUUUAGGCAGUUCCCUGUAUGCUCAGCAUGCUAAUCAAAUAAGCAGUCUGGAACUGGACAGAGCGCGUUACCUGCAGUGGAAGAAGGAGUAUAAAGAGUGGUGUGAGAAAUAUUUUAGCAGCUAUGUCGGCCACUUCCACCAGCUGCCUCUCCCCUUCAUCAAUCUUCCUCCUCCUCCUCCUCAGUGGGAAGAAAGCAAAAAUCACUCACAUGCCAGCUCGGACUCUCAGUACAGACGCACUGCCCUGAUGGAUGGCCGCUCCCCUCGAUCGCAGUCGUCCAGUGACAGCCGCUCCCCUCCAUCUCAGUCUUCAAGCGACAGCCACUCCACGCCAUCUCACUCGUCCAGUGACAGUCGCUCAUCUCCGUCUCAUACGUCCAAUGACAGCCGCUCCCCUCCCUCUCAAUCAUCUAGCGAUGGUCGCUCCACGCCAUCUGAAGACGGAGCCCAGCCAAGGGCAUAUCGACAGCAGAGGGACAGCUACCUGCCAGUCGCACUUACAAAGGGCAGUAAGGAGGUGAACUGCAAGACAGAAGUAAAUGACGCCAAGCAGGUGAUCGUGAAACAUAUGGAGGACCUCGGCACCCUAAAAUAUGAGCAAAGCAGGAUGAAGAAACAUGAGGAAGGAAGAGGAGAGGAGUCGUCAUCCCCUGAUGCUGCAGACUUGGCAGAUGACAGCAGAAAGAAUGAGAGAGGGCACAACACUGGAUCACAUGCCUGCAAGGAUAGCGCCUCUGUACGGGACGAAGCAACUGCCAGCAAUACCUUAAAGUCAAUCCAACCUUCUGUGAAACCAGAUAAGUCUUUGGAUAAAGACAGUGAAAGAAAAAACAGAGAACAAAGGAAUUUGGAAGGAGAGAAAGGAUGGAGAAGAGGCAAAGAUUCAGACUCCAGGCAAGAUGUGGAGAGACAGCACAGAGUAAAUCCCAGUAAAGAGGCAGACAGGGUGGAUUCAGACAGAUACAGAAGCCCUGGAGGCAGCAAAGCUCCUGACUUUAGAUCAGAGAUGAAUAGAAAAAGAAAAGGAGAGAACCUGGAGAGAAAUGAAACCCGCAAGAGUGAAUCCCCCGAUCCUUUUGACACAAAGAAGCAAAAACCAGAGAAGAAAAAAGAGAGGAAAACAUGGCCUCUGACAGAGAGAGACAUCUGGGAGGGAGGAAUAACAGUGAAACCACAGAGGAAAAUCAGCAUCAACAUCAACCUGGAUGGGAAAAGGAAGGAAGAGAGGACUGAAAAACAAGAGAGUAUGGUAGGAAAAUCAAAGGAAGAAACUGAGAAGACUGGUGAUGGAGAAGAGAAGUUAAACAUAGGACACACUGAAGAUGACGUUAAGGAAAAGAGGGAAUCUAGCAGAGAAAAGGAAGGUGUGUUUGAAGAAAAAAUACGACCAGAUGAAGUAGAGGUAAGGCAGUUUUGGGAGAAAGCCACCCUCAGUCAUGACAAGAGAGGGAUGUGGGAGAAAAUUGCAGGGAAGGAAGAAGACUUUGGAGAAAAGAAAGAGGACAGAGAAGAGGACAACUCUGACUUAUGGCAUUGUGCCCUUAAGGGAGUGAAGGAGGAGAAAAAAGAGAGUAAAGGACAGUGGGAGGAGGAAGACAGGAUGAAGGCCAGCAAAGAAGAAGAUGUUACAAGGGACGAGAGGAGGAGCAUGACUGGAAAAGAAGAAGGUAACUCACCAGGGGAGUUGCAGCUGAAGGAAGUGUUGAUGGAGGGAAUGAAGAGGAGUAUGAGGAAAGAAGGAGACGACACAAUUAGGUUCAAGUCACAAAGGAGCAGCGACGAGAGCCACCCUGACAGACCAAACUUCUACAUGGAUGAUGACAGCAGCUUUGAGGAUUGUCAGGAAAGGAGGACAGUGGUUAAAUUUCUGGAGGAAUACACCCAGGAGAGAACCGGGGAGGAGGAUCAGCUCGUACUCAUACAGGUCACUCGCUCCAAAUGGGAGAAGGAAGAAUCUGAGGAGGAAGAGCAGAACAAAGGAGAGAUGAAAGCUCAAGACCUUCUUCCUGCCAUUCAGCCUCUACCGUUAGUGACACCAACCAACAUGGAGACAGAGGGAGAGCAUGAAGAAAAGAAGCAGAAGUCAGUGGACACCGAGAGAGACAGGGACAGAGUGAUGCAAAGAGGAAGGGACAGGGAGAAAGAGAAAAACGUCACGCUGUCCAGUUUAGACAGGAGUGUGGCUCCCUCUAGUGGGAAGGACAGAACCGACAGCACCUUGUGUGCAGACAGAGAGAGGGAGCGAAGGGUGGAGACAGAGAGGUGGAGGGACCGAGAGAGAGGGAGGGAGAGUGAGAGGCCAAGAGAUAGGCAGAAAGAGAGCAAAAGAUCAAAAGAGAGGACGAAGGAGGAAGAGAGAGGGAGAGAGAGGGGGAGAGAGAGGGGGCACAGCGGCAUCGCCUCGGCCCAAAAGAAGAAUCUCCCUCCCUCUGGUCACUUGUCCUCUCAUUCGAUAUCACAGGACAUUGAGAGGAGAGACCGGCAGCGAGGAGGCGACCACGAGAAGAGUUCUAACUCUUUACGUCCUGGCAGCGGAAGCAAGGAAAGAAGCUCGACAAGUAGAGCUGCCAAACUGCCUGAUAAACAUGCUCACAAAAAGUAUGGAGACACGACACAUGACUCGAAACGUAAAGACAAAAACCAUCCGCAUGACUACCAUAAUUACAGAGAUCCAUCAGGGAACUACAGACACCAAGACAGGACUGCAGGGACCCACCACUCCUCACUUUCCCUCUCCCACAGCCAGGGUAAGGAGAGAGACUCACUCCCCUCUGAAUCCUCCAGCCCUAAGCCCAGUAAGUCCAGAAUUAGCAGCCCUGGUCAGGCAUUAAUGCAGAACAGACAUGAGAGCAAGGAGGAGAGAGAGGAGUGGAAGAGAAACAAGGUGGAUAAAGUGAUGAAAGAAAGUAAAUGGGAGAGAGAGACUAGAGAAACAGAGGCUGGGGAGAGAGGUAGCCGGUGGCGAGACGACACCAGCAAAUUGGCCGGAGAGACCAAAAGGGAGGGAGGGGGAGAGCUGGAGGAGAGAGAGAGGCCUAGCAGCAGCGGCAGCAGCAGCAGCUCAUCAGCGAGCCAGGAGAACAGCAAGGACGACAGGAGGGAAGAGAGGAAGAGGAGACCGAAAAAACACAAAAAUGAAAAGAGCCAGGCAGCCCCAGAGCUGCUGGAGGAAGGGGAGCUGAAGAAACACAAGAACAAGACGUCAAAGAGAAACAAAGACGGGAGGGAGGAGGAGAGUGGAGGAGAAGUAGACGACAGGUGGAAGGAGGAGGAAGACCACGCUAAGCUCUGCUCUGUUAUGUUAUCUUGAUUGUCAUGGAAAAAAGUGAAAUUUACUUGAAUGAUGUUUUUCCUUUCUCUGUCCUAAAAGUGCCUUGAUUUAUUUUUUUGACUUGUUCUGUUCUUUUUUUCCCUCCCAGGAUACUUUUGGUAUCAGCUUAAGAUCUCACAUAUUAAAAAUGCAUCAUCUGAAAUGAAAAUAUACACUUCGUGAAGGAAAAGCACUUUAUAUAAAAAUGAAUGUGAAUGAAAGCAAAAGUCGAAUCUUUGACCUCUUGAAUAAUAUUAAGUUUGAGGGAAUUUGCACAUGGUCACAACCUGCUCAGGACUGCCAGCAACUACGGUUCACGUUUACUGAACCUGCAAUGUUACAGCUCGCAUGAGGGAAAUCUUACAUUUUGAUGAGAGGUCAGUCAUUGAUUUGAUUUGCCUCACACAGGAGUGCACAUAGAGGAUUAUUGAAAGAGUGAUUAAUUUAAAACCGAUACUGUGAAUAUUUAUGAUUCGAACCUCUGUGUUGUAUUUUGUUUUUCUUUUUAAUUUUGUAAAUGUUUAAUUUAAAAAACAAGUGCUGAACGGAUGAUUAAUUUACCAGAGGAAAGUUUAGUUUUUCCUGUUUAGAAGGAAAUAAAAAGAAACAGCUAUCAAAU